GUAACCAUGGCGGAAAUGCAAAACUCGAACCCCACGAUUCUCAACGUGGCCGACCUGCCCACGAGAUCCCGAUCCACCGUCAAAUCGGCGGAUUACGGAAAUGGCAUCUUCGCCGCCGUCGCCAACCCGGCCGAUUUCCUUUCCUCGGACUCGGAGGACGAUGACCUGCUCGAAGAGCCUAUCGAUGAGCAGGAGAUCUAUGACUUGAUCAAAACUAUCUCAGAUCCUGAACACCCCCUCUCACUAGGUGAAUUGGCUGUGGUUUCCCUACCUGACAUCUUUAUCAAACCCACACUUCCCAACGUCCCCGAAUCUCCCCUUCAGACUGUGACCGUCCUCAUCACUCCAACGAUCACUCAUUGCAGCCUAGCAACUGUCAUAGGGCUCGGUGUGCGAGUGCGAUUGGAGCAGUCCCUUCCCCCGCGCUUCCGGGUGGACGUGCGUAUCAAGGAGGGAACCCAUAGCACCGGCGACGAGGUUAACAAGCAGCUGGGAGAUAAAGAGCGGGUGGCUGCUGCUCUGGAGAAUGGCGCAUUGAUGCAGGUCAUCGCCAAAAUGAUGGAGACGUGCCAGUGA